AUGACCUCCUUCCUCCCCGAUACCACCAACCUUGCCACGCUUCUCAGCAAGCGUUACAGGCCUGAUCAAAUCCCAGACCUCACCGGGCGCACCGCUCUCGUCACUGGCGGCUCCGCUGGCAUUGGGUACUGGGACGCCGCCGCACUCGCGCAACACAAUGCGACAGUCCACAUCGUCUCUGCCAACCCCGAGCACGGGAAGGAGGCAGAGGCAAGCAUCAACAAACUCCUGAAGCAGAGCGGCUCGAAGGGGUCCAUCAAAUGGCACCAGCUUGACCUCAUGCACCUGAAGAACGUCGAUAAGUGGGCGAAAAGCUUCGCGCAAGAGGUGGACCGCCUGGACAUACUCAUCGCCAACGCCGGCAUCGGGCAGGCGCCGUUCGGUAUGACGGACGAUGGCCUGGAAAGACACUUCGAAGUCAACAACCUCUCGCACUACGUGAUAGUCCUGAGACUCUUGGACGUCCUGAAGAAAACGGCACAGUCGGCUCCCCCAGCGACCGUUCGCAUCGUCAUGCAAAGCUCUGAGAUGCAUCGUUUUUCACCCACCGACCGCUUCACUUCCAAGGAAGAGAUCAACCAAGAGGCAGACGGAGUGCGGCUAUACGGCCGGACGAAGGCCGCGAUGAUCCUCUUCGCUGCUGAGCUGGUGCGUCGCAAGCUGGCGGACUCGUCGAAGCCAAUUCUGGCUAUAUCCGUUCAUCCUGGGAUGGUCGACACCGAGGUGCAAAAGGCCUGGGGCCAGUCCUACGGUAAAGUUGGCGAUGUGAUCGACACGUUGAGCCGUGCCGCAGGAAAGAGCGCCGAAGAGGGCGCGGAGGCGAGCCUAUGGGCUGCAACGAGCACAGAUAUCAACGAGGGUAACUGGAAGGACUACCAGGCCAAAUACUAUACUGAGCCGUACGGGAAACCCGACACAGAGACGGACCAUGCGAAGGACGAGAUGGUUGCCAAGAACCUCUGGACCUUGUGUGCCAGCCUCACAGAAGAGCUUCUCGGAGAACGUCUCGAGUAG